AUGUUGAAAAGUUCGUGGAAAAAAGUGACACUGAAAGAUUAUGAUACUGUUCCAGCUAUUUAUCAUUCACCAUUAUUAACAGCAUCAAUCAUUUAUGACAAUGUAAAAAUUAAUUAUCAAAAUGCCACUGGUUAUGUUCUUCAGAUUAGUUCAGGAUUAAUAGAUAUUUGUACACAUCUUCGUCAAUCAAAUCAUCUUUCAUUCGAAGUCGAUCGUUGUCUUGCUAUAGUUGGUGUAAUAUUUCUUGUGUUUGAAACUGUUUGUACUAAUUUCGCUAAUGAAGAAAAUUAUGAAGAUCAUGAAACGCGUUGGUUAUCUUAUUGUUCAGCAAUUUCUCUUGCAUUCGAUGGUUUACUUCUUUUUACAUCUCAUUGA